AUGCCCGACUUCACAGAAGCGGACACUAUCCGCAUUCUGGUCGCGACAGAUAACCAUGUCGGCUACGAGGAGCGAGACCCGAUCCGCAAGGACGACAGCUGGAAGACGUUCGACGAGAUUCUGAACCUCGCCAAGAGCCAAGAUGUCGACAUGGUGCUGUUAGGCGGCGAUCUCUUCCACGACAAUAAGCCCUCCCGAAAGUCCAUGUACCAGGUCAUGCGCAGUCUUCGCAAAAACUGCUUAGGCAUGAAGCCCUGCGAGCUCGAGUUCCUAAGCGACGCGAACGAAGUCUUUGAGGGUGCCUUCCCCCACGUCAACUACGAAGACCCCGAUAUCAACAUCUCCAUACCCGUCUUUUCGAUCCACGGAAACCACGAUGAUCCCAGCGGCGAGGGCCACUUCUGUUCACUAGACUUGCUCCAGGUUGCUGGGCUGGUCAACUACUUUGGUCGCAUUGCCGAGGCCGACAACAUCGAGGCCAAGCCGGUAUUACUACAAAAGGGCCAGACCAAGCUUGCGCUAUUCGGCUUGAGCAAUGUUCGUGACGAGCGUAUGUUCCGAACAUUCAGGGACCAUAAGGUCAAGUGGUUCCGCCCGGGUGUCCAGCAGUCAGACUGGUUCAACCUGCUCACCGUACAUCAAAAUCACCACGCACAUACCGCAACAUCAUAUCUUCCCGAAAAUGUGCUACCCGACUGGAUGGACCUUGUAGUCUGGGGCCAUGAGCACGAAUGCUUGAUUGACCCUCAGCAGAACCCAGAGACCGGCUUCCACGUCAUGCAACCCGGCUCCUCGGUAGCGACAUCUCUGGUUCCGGGUGAGGCGGUGCCAAAGCAUGUGGCAAUUUUGAACAUUACAGGCAGAGAGUUCAAGGUCGAGAAACUGCCAUUGAAGACCGUGCGCCCGUUCAUUACGAAGGAGAUUCAAUUAUCUACCGAUGCGCGGUUUAAGGGGCUGCACACGAAGAAAGAAAACAGACAGGAGUUAACCAAGAGAUUAAUGGUGGUUGUCGACGAGAUGAUUCAAGAAGCAAAUGAGGAGUGGUUCGCUGUCCAGGACAAUGACGAGGAGGAACCUCCACUACCCUUGAUCCGGCUCAAAGUGGAGUAUACGGCUCCGGAGGGUGGUCAAUACGACUGCGAGAACCCCCAGCGGUUCUCAAACAGGUUCAUCGGCAAGGUGGCAAACACCAACGAUGUGGUGUACUUUCACCGCAAGAAGGCUGGUGCCACAAGACGAACUAACGACACGGACAUUCCCGAGGCUCUCGAGGAAACACUGGGUCUGGACACCAUCAAAGUGGAGGCCCUUGUCCAGGAGUUCCUCGCAGCCCAGUCUCUCAAGAUUCUGCCAACGGCACCAUUCGGCGAUGCCGUCAACCAGUUCGUCAACAAGGACGACAAGCAUGCGAUGGAGGAGUUUGUUAGCGAAUCGUUGGCAGGCCAGGUGAAACAAAUGCUCAACCUUGACUCCGACGAGGAUGACCUUGACGUUGCGAUGGAGGCGUACCGGGCGAAGCUCGAGGAGGCUUUCUCCAAGGGGGCCCCGAAGAAGGCUUCCAGGCGUACUGUCAAACCGAAGCCAGACGAUUGGGACUCCGACCUUGAUGGACACUGGGAGGAUCAGCCUGGAGUUGUUGAGACUGAGGCCGUCGCUCAGCCUAUAGCCAAACCGCGAAGGACCGCUACCCAGGAUGACGAAGAUGAUUUGAUGGACGAGGACGAACCACCCGUCCGUCAAGCGCCUGCGAAGAAAGCAGCGGCCACUCGAGCUACGAAGGCUGCCCCAGCAAAGAAAGCCCCGGCGAAGAAAGCUCCAGCCAAGAAGCCGCCUGCGCGAGGUCGCAAGAAGCCCGUCUUUGAAGAAGAGUCAGAGGAAGAGGACGUGGUGAUGGACGACGACUUUGAGGAGCCGCCGCCGCCGCCGCCACCGACUACUCGGGGCAAGCGAUCUCAGCCUGCACGUGCGGCCCCGAAGACCACCCGGCAGACCAAGCUCAACUUCUCGCAGGCUACGGCCUCUCAAGCCGCUGUCGAGAUCAGCGAUGAUGAGAUUUCGGACGAGGAUGCGUUCGAGCCGGCGCCGACCACCACCCGUAGCAGACGAAGAUAG